AAUCUGAGGCAAGGAGAAUCGUCCUGGAGUUAGCAAAAUUUACUCGAUACUUAGACCACUUAUCCCUUUAUAAAUGAUCCCCAUCACUCCCCCGCUUUUCAUUACUGCCUGAUCUAGCUCCCAUCCCAAGCAAUCCCACCACAAAAAUGGAGCACCCCAGAUUCGUAAUCGAUGCAUCCGAAGCUGAAUCUAUGGCCAAACAAUUAGGCCUUACGGUCCUCCAGCUCCUCCCUACCUUAGUUAAGGAGGCCCGCUCCUUGGCCCGCCCCCCCAUAUCCAGCUACUACGUCGGUGCCGUCGGCCUUGGAUCCUCCGGCCGCAUCUUCUUUGGAUCCAAUCUCGAGUUCCCAGGCCUCCCUCUCCACCACUCCGUUCACGCCGAACAAUUCCUCAUCACCAAUCUUACACUCAAUGCUGAAUCCGGUCUCAACUACGUGGCCGUCUCCGCCGCUCCAUGUGGCCACUGCCGUCAGUUUUUCCAGGAAAUUCGCAACGCCCCCGAUAUCAAGAUCCUCAUCACAGACGAUAGUAACAGGAAUAAUUGCGGUGGUGUGGCUGAGAAUAGUGGAGACGCUAAAUUUGAGUCUUUGUCCCACUUUCUACCGCACAGAUUCGGGCCAGACGAUCUGUUGGAUAAGAAUGUUCCUUUAGCUUUAGAACCACAUCAUAAUCACUUGUCCUUACUCAGCGAUUUUAAUAGCAACAUCCCAAAUGGUAUUACUAGUCGUGUUUGCGAUGAUUUGAAAUAUGAAGCUUUAGAGGCCGCUAACAAAUCUCAUGCCCCAUAUAGUGAUUGCCCAUCUGGGGUGGCGUUGAUGGAUUGUGAGGGGAAGGUCUAUAAGGGGUCUUACAUGGAGUCUGCUGCUCAUAAUCCGAGCCUGGGGCCUGUACAGGCGGCUCUUGUGGCAUAUGUAGUAGGCGGAGGUGGUAGUGGGUAUGAGAAGAUUGUGGCUGCUGUGUUGGUGGAGAAAGAAGGGGCUAUGGUGAGACAGGGGUACACGGCAAGGUUGCUUUUGCAGAUGAUUUCUCCUAAGUGCGAGUUUAAGGUGAUCCAUUGCGGUUUGAAGUCUCGUUGAAUCAUCUUAUCGCCACCGAUAACGUUGUGUUUAUACUAUCCGCACUGUCUCGCCAAUUAUUGGCCAUGAAAGAUGGAAAUGAAUUAAUCAAUCACUCAUCAGGUUUCAUGUUCUUCCACUUGGUGCCUGCAUAUUAGCGUGCAUACUGUACACAAAAUUUGUUUUAGUUUAAAAUAAUUCUUUGUUCUUAUUGCGUGAGAAAGUAAAAUUGUGAUGGUAAAGAUUGUUUCAUCCAUCAAUGAACAAGGAAAUUUGAUUGGUUAUUGAAUAAA